AUGGCAGGUGGCAGUCCAGCAGCCAAGAGGGUAGUGGUGUACCGGAAUGGGGACCCCUUCUCCCCAGGCCGCCAGCUGGUGGUGACUCAACACUGCUUCCCCACCCUGGAGACCUUCCUCUGUGAGGUGACAUCGGCUGUGCAGGCCCCACUGGCCGUGCGUGCUCUCUACACGCCUUGUCAUGGCCACCCUGUCACCGACCUGGCAGACCUGCAGAACGGAGGGCAGUAUUUGGCUGCUGGCUUUGAACGAUUACGCAAGCUCCCCUCUUUACACCUUAGAGAGGAGGAUCCAGGUGGGAAGAGCAGCAGACUACCAGGCCCUCCUGUGAUUCAGCAGCCAUGGGAUGGGGCCCUUGGACAGCGGCUACCUGCAGGUUCCCCCUGCUAUAUCCAUGUGUUCAGGAAUGGGGACCUGUUAAGCCCCCCAUUUAGCCUGAAGCUGUCCCAGGCUGCCAGCAAGGACUGGGAAGCAGUGUUGAAACUCCUGACUGAGAAGGUGAAAUUACAGAGCGGGGCUGUGCGCAAACUCUGCACCCUGGAAGGGCUCCCACUGUCAGCAAGGGAGGCUCUGGUGAGCGGCCAUUACUAUGUGGCUGUCGGAGAGGGGUUCAAGGCCCUCCCCCAUCUGGUGCCUCGUCCCUCACUGCCCAGGGGCUAAUGGCAACCCCCAGACCCAAAGUCCAGGCUCCACAAGCAGCGGGCCCAUGGCCACAGAGCACAGGCAACCCAGUCCUCUACAAAGGAAGCCAGGCAAAUUGAGCCCUCUGCUUUUUAUGCCAGCCCCCAGCAAGCUUUUCAGCAUGCUCCCCACUCUCUUGAGGGGAUCCAAGAAUCCAAGGCCUUCUCUGUCCUGGGCGAGGGGGAGUGGAGGGGGCUGGUAGAGAGGGUCAAGGCAAAGAAUGUGAGGGCUCCUCAGCCUGGGCAUCAGCCUGUAACUUCCCACAUCAGAGUCAAGGGAGUGUAUGGGGCUCCCCAUGCAAGGACGGAGACAGCAGGGGCCCAGGGAGUAGCACAUGAUGAAGCCACCUGGACAGAGGAGCCCCUGGAUCAGAGGGCAGCACAGGUAGUGGAAGAGGCCCUGAUCCUGCAAAGCCGGCGAUCUGGGGCAGCUCUCUCGGCCUCGGCCCCUGCUCUGCCAUCUUGAGAGCCAGCAGCUGCAGCCAGGAACUGGGGACCGCCACUCUGCGGCCACCAUUUAUCCUCAGCCUCCAGCGGCCGGUUC